AUGCUCGUCUCUCAUGCGUUCGUUGAUUUAUGGCACCUGAUUGAAGAUGAGAAGAGCUUCGACAAGCAUCUCUUCAGCCUUCUCGACGAGCCUGAGCAAGACUUUAUGAGAUAUUGCUUGAGCAAAUGUCAUAUCAAGUCACGAGAAUUUGAUUCGGCGUACAAUGAGCAACUCGAUGGUGUUGUAAAGCGCCUAAAGAUGCUACAAGGAGCUACGGCUAUUGGCGAUGAUAAUCCAGGCAUAAAAAAGGAGAUGAAGCAGCUUCUUGACAAGCUGUAUGAGAAGGGAGUUUUCUCAACGAACUAUUACACUCAAUUCAAGCGUCUGAUGAAGCUCUCUUAG